GUGGCGUUGCGCCUGCUGUGCCUGUCAUCCAGCCUUUCACCGGGGAGGAAGACUAUAACUUAACCUCCAAAAGGUUCUUUCUGCAAGAUGGAAAAUGCAUUGCUUUUGUGUAUAUUCGUGUCCCAUUGGCAUUUCCUAAAUGCUUUAUUCACAGUUGAAGUUCCCCAGCCACAGUACAUUGUAGAAUAUGGGAGCAACGUGACCAUGGAAUGCAGGUUUCAAGUGAAUGGUGAAUUAAAGCUUCAAGAUUUAAGUGUCAUUUGGGAGAAAAAAGAGGAACAUACAAAAGAGGUUUACAAACUUCACAAAGGAAAGGAAAACUUUAAUAACCAACACAGCAACUACGGGGGAAGAGUAAAUUUGUUGAAAGAUAAACUGCAGUUGGGACAGUCUAUGCUUCAGAUCACCAGUGUAAAACCUACAGAUGCAGGGACUUACCUCUGUCUCAUUGGCUAUGAGGGAGCUGACUACAAGACGAUCACUUUGCAAGUAAAAGCUCCUUAUAGAAACAUAACCAAAAGAACUGUGACUGUCCAGGGGACUGCAGGACACAACGAAUGGGAGUUAACAUGCCAAUCACAAGGGUAUCCUAAGGCAGAGGUCAUUUGGCAUAAUGGGGAACAUCAAGACUUCAGUGCCAAAGCAAACACAAGUUAUGAAACAGGAACUGAUCAACUGUAUAGUGUGACAAGCACACUUAAAACCAACACAAGUAUUAAUGAGACAUUUCACUGUAUAUUUUGGAACAAAGAAUUUAAAGAAAACACAUCUGCUAUUUUAAUCAUACCAGAUUGUCCAGUAGAUAGUCAAAGGAUUAACAGUAGACGGUAUUUUGCAACAGCUGGGGCUGUGUUGGUUCUCUUUGGAUCAUCGCUUCUAUUUAUGCUCUGGGUAAAAAAGGCUAGAAAAGAUCAGGACAGGGAGACAUGUACAAAUAAUGCAGCAGUUAAAGUGAUAAAAUUAUCGACAGAUGAGGAAGAGGGCGAUUGCAGAGAGAUUUCUCCUGAGAAUGAAGAACUAGAAAAUGUACGAAUUGAGGUGACUUAA